CUGUCAGAUUGUAAUUCAUGCGUUGUGGCAGUGCUGAACAUACACCGUGCUGCAGUUGAUUACGUUUAUUGUCUGUUCAGUCGUGGAAGGGCAAACUAUUUAUAGGAUUGUCGCGUAGCGUUUGAGUUGAUGAGGACAUAGCGUAGAUACGUCAGUUAACGUAGCUAGCUAACGUAGUUGUUUUACCAUACCUAACUAUGAGUAGGGCGAACUUAGACUUAAUCAAAGAUGACGAUUUCGAGUGGGAGCCGCCGAGUGAGGCCGAGAUGAAGGUGCUGGAGGCCCAGCGCGAGCGCCAGGACAAGAUCAGCAAACUGAUGGGGAGCUACCUGCUAAAGGGCUACAAAAUGCUGGGCGACUGCUGCCAGCACUGCGCGACGAUUCUUCUGGAAGACAGACAGAAAAACCUCUACUGUGUGGCCUGUCAGGAACUGGACUCCGAUGUGGAUAAAGACGACCCAGCGCUGAAUGCCCAGGCAGCACUCUCUCAGGUGCGGGAGCGACAGCUGGCCUGCCAGCCCCCCCUGCAGGCCAACGGUGAGGCUCCCCUCUGCCCCUCCAACGCUGCCCCCCGCCCCAUUCGCACCGUGCCAAGACCGGAGCACUGCGAGGGGGCCGCGGCCGGUCUGAGAGCCCCCGCUGGAGCCACCUCUGGAUGGUCCCCCACCCCGAGUAACGCCCCUGCUCCACGGCCCAGCCCUGCACCCCUGGACCCAGCCUCCGUGUCUCCAGGCGCGGCGGCGGCGGCCCCCGUGCGCCCCCCCGCGCCAGCCCCAGUGGUGGGGGUCAUGCAGCAGACGCUGGGCGAGGCGGAGCAGGCACUGCUGGGGAAGCUACAGUGGGCAGCGUGCCAGCUGGAGCAGUCACCCUCGGUGGAGGCCAGCGUCCAACUCUGCCAGCUCAUACACAGCUGUGCCACCUCGCUACGCAGCAUCAGGGACUUAGAGAGAGACUGAUGCACGCUUGCACGCCCACACACACACACACACACACACACACACACACACACACACACACACACACACACACACACACCUCAAAAGCAAAGUACACACAUCCACGCAUUAGCGCACACACAUCAGACGAACACACUUCCCAUACAUAAAGGCACACACACAUCAGAAGAACACACUUCCCAUGCAUAAAGACACACACACACACACAGGCCCACACACACACACAGGUGGGAGGCUGUUAUUGAGGUGGUUAACGAGUGGUCAGGUUAACACGCACACACACGCACAAGCAGAGUGCUGUUGGAUGGAUGUCCUAGAAGUUCAUGUAAUAACUGUGUUUAGGCCCAUACUUUGGGAAGUUCGUCAUGCUCAAUAAAAACAUUACAGAACAA